GUUCGGAACACGGCAUUCACAACGUAAGUUACAUACGACUACUCUGAUUAACUCGACAUGUCCCAAAACAUUAACAUUAUUCUUGCAGUUGGGCGUCCUACGUAUACUAUUGCUACACUGGCCAAGUUUCUUUCUACCCUCUGAAGUCAAAAGAUCCAUCCAGCCGACGUGAUGAGACCACUGGGACUCUGCGCUGCUCUCCCAAGUCAAUGUACCGACUCGCGGAGAAGCUGAAGCAUACACGUUUGCAAGAUCUGGCUUUCAAUGCAAUUAAGUCCAGCUUGUCCAAGAGCAAUAUCGUUGAUGAGGCGUUCUCAUGGUUUACAGCCCAGUACUCCGACAUCCGACAAAUGGAAAUAGAGCUCCUAAUGGAGUUCCGCAGCGCUUCUGAAGUAGCAUUUCGUUUGGAGCAGUUUGUUCAAGCAGUUUCCCAGGGAGACAAGCCUUAUGCGCGCGCUAUGCUUCAUGCCUUCUUAGCACGCUUGACACAGCCGGGGGCAGGUGGUACGCAAUGAAGCCGCUGCGGUUAUUUGUCAUUUUGUCGAUUAAAUAUUGUACUUGUACUACGGCUGAGUAUACUGUUGUCCUAUGUUUUUGUUUUUUUCACGUCUCGUUGUACUUGCCAGCUGUACUGUCGCACGUCACUGUGUUGUACCAUUAUGAACUAGUAUAUAUUAUAUCUUGAAGCUUGAAGCUUUACCGACAUCGAAC